CUGGCGCGCGCUUUUCAACCGCCAUGAGCCUGUGGGUGGACAAGUACCGGCCCGGCUCCCUCGGCAAGCUGGACUACCACCGCGAGCAGGCGGCGCAGCUCCGCAACCUGGUUCAGUGUGGUGACUUCCCUCAUCUAUUGGUGUAUGGACCAUCAGGAGCUGGAAAAAAGACAAGAAUAAUGUGUUUGUUAAGGGAACUAUAUGGUGCAGGAGUGGAAAAACUAAGGAUUGAGCAUCAGAGUAUAACGGCACCUUCUAAAAAGAAAAUUGAAAUUAGUACCAUUGCAAGUAAUUAUCACCUUGAGGUUAACCCAAGUGAUGCAGGAAACAAUGACCGUGUAGUAAUUCAGGAACUUUUGAAGACAGUAGCACAAUCCCAACAGCUUGAGACAAGUACUCAACGAGAUUUUAAAGUGGUGCUGUUAACAGAAGUCGACAAACUCACUAAAGAUGCUCAGCAUGCUUUGCGAAGAACAAUGGAGAAGUACAUGGCAACCUGCAGAUUGAUUCUGUGCUGCAACUCCAUGUCAAAAAUUAUAGGACCUAUUCAAAGCAGAUGCCUGGCUGUACGAGUACCGGCUCCCAGCAUUGAAGAUAUCUGCCAUGUCUUGUCCAGUGUGUGUAAGAAAGAAGGCCUGACUCUUCCUCAGGAACUGGCUCAAAGGCUUGCAGAGAAAUCUGGCAGGAAUCUUCGGAAAGCACUACUUAUGUGUGAGUCCUGCAGAGUACAACAGUAUCCUUUUACUGCUGAUCAAGACAUCCCUGAGAUGGACUGGGAAGUUUAUUUGAGAGAAACUGCAAAUGCUAUAGUCGGUCAACAGACACCACAAAGGCUUUUAGAGGUCCGUGGACGGCUUUAUGAACUCCUGACACACUGCAUUCCUCCUGAGAUUAUAAUGAAGGGCCUCCUGACAGAACUUCUAAAUAACUGUGAUGGACAACUGAAAGGAGAAGUUGCACAGAUGGCAGCCUUCUAUGAACACCGCCUGCAACUGGGCACCAAAGCCAUUUAUCAUCUGGAAGCAUUUGUAGCAAAGUUUAUGGCAAUUUACAAGAAGUUUAUGGAGGAUGGACUAGAUGACAUGAUGUUCUAACUCCGAUGCCCAAAGUCGUACACAGAAUGUUGUGUCAUGAUGCCAGUAAUGUUGCAGAUGUUGUUCACUUGUCCAUGCUUGAUUUGCAUGUGGGUCUAGUUCAAAGUUAAAUUUUAUUUUGCUAUUAAUAUAAACCACAGUGAACUAAAGAACAAUGUUUGUUCAGUUUUAGAAACCAGAUGGAUUGUUCUUUAGAUCGAUACAAAAUACAUUAGCCUUUCAGAAAGACAAGACGUUGCCUUGGAGGAUGUGUAAGAUCAUAGAUGCUUUGCAGUAUUUGUAAGCUGACAUUAAAGAAGAGAGAACAUGGAUGCUGUGUGCUUGCUUUUUGAUUGUUUAUGGGCAAGGCUGUAAGCAAAAGAUGUUUCUUCCAUGUUGUGGUAAGUUCCAGUUUGAACAUGUAUGUUCUGCCUACUGAUUUACAUAUCUCACCGUUUGUCUGGCUUUUAUUUUAGCUACACUGUUUUCCCACAAUGUGCAUAAUGCUGUUCAGGUAAAGACUGUUCCUUUGACUGUGGUUUAACCAAGGGUUGAGGUUUGAACUUUUAACAAUUAUUCUUUCACUGCUUAGACUGAUAUGUGACAUUUUUAAAAUGGCAAAAUAAAUUGUAAAAAUAUGACC